CCAAACUGAACAGAUUUGCCAAAUCCAGGACUUAGAAAAAUUUAUAUGUAAAUAUAAGCUGAACUGAACUGAACAGACUAUUUAAGCACUACAUUUGUGUUGAUGGUAUAAAAUCUUUGUUUUAACAUAAGCCUUCCGAUUUUGCCGUUGCUCAUUUUGAAUUUUCCAAGCAAUUUGUGGAAAGAAAUUGCUUAAAUCCAAUCAAUUUUGUUUGUGACUUGAGUAAAACAAACACAACCCAAAAAUUUACCACAGAUUUCUCAAUCAGCUUUUCAUUUCACAAUUUUUCGUUAGCCGAGAAAUGAAUCAAGUUUGGCUGCUCUUUAAAGUGUUGCAAGUGGUACUGGACCUCAUCUGCAUAUCCAUUCACAUCACUGGCUCAUUGCACUUUGCGGAGCCAUUGCCUCACAAUCUGAUCUUUUGUGGCACCUUUAGUAGUUUUUUUCUGCUCUCGGUCAUUCGCUGCAUUCGACUGAUUGGCGGCCAGAGGACUGUGUUGCAUCCGGAGUUGAUCAUCGCCGUCUGCAGCAUGCUGUUGCAUUUUAUCUGCGCCUGGGUGUCCAUGCAAUACGCGGAGGGUGACUUUCAUCUGCAGUUUAUGGGACCGAGGGAGGAGCUGGACCAUGCUUACUUUGGCUACUGCAAGAAGCAGAGUUUGGCUUGUAUUGUAACUGGAGCUGUUUAUUUGCUGCAGGCAAUACUCGUGCUGGAUCUUAUUGUCAAGUCGCCACCCAACGAGGACUUGCGGCCCAUGUGGCGUGUAUCCGAUCCGCCCAUUAGGGAUGCCAAGCUAAACAUUAUGAAUAAUGAGGAGCGCGAUAAAUUGGCAAGGACCACAGCAGAUGUUUACUUUUUGGGCAAAAAGGUUGAUCAUUGGCUUCGCUUGAAAUCGCAAUGGUUUCGCCAACUAGCUGGCGGCCAGCCACAGAUGUCCAUGGAAAGGGCAAGGCUGGAACGACCAACUUCCAUUGUCAUUCUGGGCAGUCCAAGUGAUGUCCCUUUGCAAGACAAUCCGCAUGCAAAAAAAGAGAGCACAGUCUCAUUUAAUGAACAGAGGACCUCUUUACAUGAUGGCGAAGGGGUAGAAAAAGAAAUUGAAUUCGAUGAAGAUGACAAUGAUGAUGAUGAUGAUAACGAUAGCUUAACCUAGAGAUAAAGGAAUGUCGUGGUUGGAAUACAUA